GAGGGUACGGGCGAAGCCAAGAAGGAUCGCGGAAUAGAUCUCCAUGCCUACGAGAAGGGAAAGUGGUACCGCUUCCUGAACUACAAGGGAGACUGCUACGUGUAUGUGCACAACCACACGCGGGACAUCACCGCCACACGCCCCGAGAAUUUCGCCGAGCUCACUGAGCAGGAGAAGGCCUUGAUCAAGAAGUUGGGCACCUACAUCAAGGAGGUACCAGCGGAGAUCGAGCGCGUCUAUACCAAGGAGAAGGCCAUUCCGAUCCUCUACGGAUCCCAAACCAGCUGUGAGGCAAUGAAGACCUUCUUCUACUACAACAAAAACAGCACUCUCCUGGAUGCCACAAAGCUCAAGCGCGUCAACGGCGGAGCUUUGGAGGAAUGCCGGCGGGCGAUGGUCUGGUCCAUGAAGCUUGGGACAACGCUCUGCAUCUACUGCGGCGAUAUCCUCCCAGACUUUCAGGAGAAGAUUUGUAUCUCCAAGUACAAGGACACGUUCCCGCUCUCUCUGUUCAUGUACGGUGGCAUGGAGAACGAGUUGGUGCGAGAGCGGCUUUUCAGGGAUGACGAGAAGGAAGGGGGCCAGUGCCCGGUCCGCCCAGGGUUCAUGGUCUGCAUCAUGCUGAUGUAUGACACUAUGGGCCUGGCCAUGAGCAGCUUCCGUGCUGAAGAGAUCCGGAGCAAGAUCCCUGAAUCUGACCGAAUGGCCCACAUCCGCAUCUACAACGACGACGACCGACUGAAGGCCUUGGAAGAGCUGCGAACGGGCCGCAGGGCUGAGUGA